GGGCUGGGGACCCCAAGGCUGGGGCCGGAGGGCGAGACCCGGAGAGAAGGAGCGAAGCAGAGACAGAGGGAGACUCGCGGAGAUAGAGCGAGGGAGAUCGAGGAAGGUUGGAAAGACAGAGAACGAGGGAAGGAGGGACAGAGACCAGACCCGCGAGCCCGAGGUGCGGGCGCCGGGGGACCGAGGCACCCAGGGGCCCCAGAGCCGCGAGCCGGCGGCCGCCCCCCACCCCCGCGCGCCCUCCCCUCGCCGGCGCGGUAUUUUUAUCUGUGCGUGAACAGCCCUCCAGCUCCUCUCUGCCGCACUCAGCCCGCUGCCACCGCGGCGCCCGAAGCAGCGCGGGGGAGCGGAGCCGGGAUCGCAGCCCGAGACCCCACGACGCGCGCCCCGCCCGCCAUGGACCCCAAGGACCGCAAGAAGAUCCAGUUCUCCGUGCCCGCGCCCCCCAGCCAGCUCGACCCCCGCCAGGUGGAGAUGAUCCGGCGCAGGAGACCAACCCCUGCCAUGCUGUUCCGGCUCUCAGAGCACUCCUCACCAGAAGAGGAGGCCUCACCCCACCAGAGAGCCUCAGGAGAGGGGCACCACCUCAAGUCGAAGAGACCCAAUCCCUGUGCCUACACACCCCCCUCGCUGAAAGCCGUGCAGCGCAUUGCUGAGUCUCACCUGCAAUCCAUCAGCAACCUGGGUGAGAACCAGGCCUCGGAGGAGGAGGAUGAGCUGGGGGAGCUGCGGGAACUGGGCUACCCGAGAGAGGAAGAGGAGGAAGAAGAGGAGGAUGAUGAAGAGGAGGAGGACAGCCAGGCGGAAGUCCUGAAGGGCAGCAGGGGGUCUGCUGGGCAGAAGACAACUUAUGGCCAAGGUCUGGAGGGUCCCUGGGAGCGCCCGCCUCCUCUGGAUGGGCCCCAGAGAGAUGGAAGCUCUGAGGACCAAGUGGAAGACCCAGCAGUGAAUGAACCCGGGGAGGAGCCACAGCGCCCUGCCCACCCUGAGCCUGGCACAUAGGCACCCAGCCCUGCAUCUCCUGGAAGGAAGUGGGGGGAGACAUUGAUGUUCUCCAGAAACCCACUCUGUUCACACCCUAUUUUGUACCCUGCCCCUCACUUGCUAGGGCUGCGGCUUCUGACCUUAGAAGACUAAGGCUGGUCUGUGUUUGCUUGUCUGCCUACCUUUGGCUGAUGCCCAGAGUCCCUGGGCACUUGCUGCCUUAUGCCUACCCCUGCCAGUCAUUCCCCCAUACACCCAGCGGGAGGUGGGAUGGGAGAGCUUGCAUUGGGAAAUCCAGUAAAUGGGGGACAAAGAUUCAUCCUUCACAAUUCUACUCCCUAGACCCUCUCCCCUGGGCACAGGAAACCCACAGGGCAAGACCCUAAGAUCUGGGGGAAAAGGAUACUAAGAAUUUGUAAGUGCCCACAGAUCUUUCUCCAUCCCUUGAGCAAUUCCAAGUCAUCACCCCUUCACUGCCUUCUACCAGGGCCCAGAAUUCAGGCAUCUUUUCCAUGGCCUCAACUUUUGGUAAAUCUUCCCCCUUAUCACCUGCUCCCCAGCUUGGGUGCCUGGAAGACAGACUGGCAGAGACUGCUUUGUUGCAUUUUCUGUGUGCUUUGAUGCCAGGAAUGCCGCCUAGAAUAAGUCCUUAUGGGGGCACACGGUGGGGGAGCCAGGCUCUCCUUGUCCUCCAGCUGCUCUGUCCCCUUCCCCUCUUCCCUGACUCCUGGUUGAACCUGUAAUAAAUCUUUGUAAAUAAC